GUUGCGACCCUCCCUCCAGGUACAACCACUGGCCAUGGAGACCUGAAUUGACCAUUAUCUAAUGAUCGUGAAAGGUGGUCUUUCUUCGUUACGACAUGGCAAAAAUCUAUAAAGAUACCCGGGUCGACCUCCGGCCGUACUCGCCGAACACCGUCGUCAACAUCCCGAUCCCAACCCAAGCGAAUACGCAAAGCCGCGCCCGAUUCUCCAUCUCCACUACCCCCAGUCGCGAUGAGCCGGUCGCAAAAGACGAAGACGAGUUCUCAAGACGAUACUUAGCGACCCAGGGUUCAAUCUAUUUCCGCAAACGCAAUGUCUACCCCCGAACGUUCCUGUGGAGGGUGGUCGAUGACAGCAAAGUCCUGGAAGUCCAGUGCGUGGAUUUGACUAAGGCCGGCAUUGAGCAUCACGAAUACAAUGUGACCUUGCGCUUGGAGUUCGGAGAAGAGAUUGUUCCUUCAGGUGUCGAAUUUUCGGAUUUGGAAGAACACGAAGCGUUGAGCGUGUUCGUGAUCACCGCCUCUAAGCAUCUACACACCUUGACCCUACGCCCUGAAUUCUUCCGGAGGACAGAAUCGAUCGAUGAUAACAUCUCAGAUUGGUGCAAGAUGUGUAUUCCGGCACCGCUUACGUUCUCCCACCCUCACCGUCUGCAUGCGAGCAGUCCGUUGGAGCUGUUCAUCUCCCUAGAUAAUGGCGCUCUUCUGCGCUUGACUCGGAAGUCCGGCGAUGAUGGCUCACACUGGUCUCCCCUCACGUUCGACGAGAGAACCUGGGGUGCGUCGUUCCGCGGCUUGGUAAAGUGGCAUGCGCAGCCGUCGAUCAAAUUCAAGGGACGCAAUCUCGAACUGAGCACAGCAAAUGCUAUCGCCACUACGACCGAUCAAACUUAUGUCUUUGCUGUCUGCUUGAACCAUACCCUGAAGAUCUGGAACCUUGCGACCAACAAGCUGGCCGCUACGAAGGACCUAUUGGAUCGUGAGGUGCCGGAAUCGGAUGAAUCAUCAUACUCGUUGAAUCCAUCCGAAUCAUCUUUCAUCAGGGUCUUCAAUAUGGAACGUGCGCUUGAUGGUGAAUAUCGUUAUUACGUCGUUACCUACUCGCCGUUUGAGGAUGGACUUUUCAAGUUCUGGGCUGUCAAGGGAGGUCUGACGUCGCCGCUGAUUGUCGAGGAUCUGUACCCGGGUGUUGCACUGAAACCACUGGACCCAGACUCGACCGGAAGUAUGUUCUGGAGCAUUGCCGACUUCCAGAUCAAACCGGCAGAGGAAGGCAAGCGCAUGGAGCUAUGGGUUUUGUGGAGGAACAGUAGCCUGUACCAGCUGUACACGCUGCAUUUCAACUUUGAGACUCUGGCGACGGACUGGAGCUCAAAUUGGGUAUCCACAGUCAUGGACUCUCGCGGACAGGAGCCCCCGCCUGUUAUAGCUUUGUCUGAUGUGGUGGACCCGACUGAGAAAUGGCUCAAAUUCCUCUUGCAGCCCAACAGGCUCUCGACGGAGGUUCUUGAGACUGCCCUUUUUAUCUAUCAAGAGGCACUCAGACCGUUGUCUUCGUCUGUUGUAGUGAAAAGGAAUGCCCCUCUUGCGGAAAGACUUUGCUCUACCAUUGCCGCUACCGUGUCUCUCCGUAAGUAUGCCGAGGAUGGGAUGGACUUCACACGGUAUCGAACGGAUACAGACUCCAAGUGGCGCCAAUUCUGGCAAAUUGCGGACGAUGUCAAUAAGAGAAGAUUCGAGCCGGUCUCCCUUGCAUACGACGUCUACCAUGAAACCCCGUGGAUGGUCCUUUCCGACAGCUGUGCAGUGAUCCGCGAAUGCAGCUCCACCGAACUAAUUCUACACAACUCGGGCCCUGAGCUCCGCUCGGAAGGACCUAAGAUUGUUGAUCGCUGGAGGCAUAGGAACUUGGAUUCGGAGAUCGGCAGCCUGUUUGAGCAGGCGUCUCACCUCAUGACAGUUGCUUCUGGCUUCCGGAGGAACUUCAAUGCUGAGCUCGAAGUGGCAUGCCAGGGUGCGCUUGAAGCAGAGCUCUUCACCGAGCCCUCCUCAUCCGUGCAGGAUAGAAUGGAUGCUUUCCGCGAACGAUGUGACUUUGGGGAGCAGAUCUCCAACAAGACAUACGAUGGCUUGGUUGCUGCCAUCAACGAGCACUUGAAUAUCUUCAGCUUGCAAAAUGAAGUCUUCUACACCCUUGUGGACACUAUUCCACUGGGCUUCCCUGCCAAGGACUCGGACCUUGUUAACACUCACUUCGGUGUGAAGGUCAUUGUGAACGGUGUACAGGAAACGAUUUCAUUUACGCACAAGACCCUGACGGACCUUCUAUACCUCAUUCUCUUCGUCGAUGGCGAGGUUCAGCAGGAGGAAGACUCGACGUUCGAUGCCGCAGACUUGUUUGUCACUAUCAUUACUCUGCUGAGGGAAUACGAGAUGAUGUCUUGGCUCAGCUCGCACUCUCGAAAGUCCUCUGACAAACCGAUUAAGGCCACCGACGACCCGUCUGCCACCCCUAUCUCUGCCAAGGAAUCGUCGGCGAGGAAGAAGGGGGAGAGAAUGGCAACUAUCCUCGAGGAUCUGUUUGCCAGUGAUAUCAAACCACGUCAAGCUAUCGGCCUGUCUCAAAGCUACACGAUAUCUCUUGGGAUCCGCGAUAUUCUCUCCUGGGUGACUCGUCAGGGCGAGGUUGCCUACCCCAAUGCUCUUGUCUACAUACAAUGCGACCUAAUCGCCAAGAAUAAUAUCGACCUGGCCUGGGACUUUCUCCGUUUCCAGGCAAGCACAUCCUGGGCGACUUAUGUCAAGGGUCGCCUCUACGUUGCUAUGUCCGAAUUCGAUACUGCGGCUUUGUAUUUCCGCAAAGCUGCGUAUCUCCUUUCGUGCGGCAAGCCCCUUGGCAACUUGCACGAAAUGUCGUCGACCUUGCUAGAUAUCGUCUCUGUGGACUGCUUCCACAACGGUCUCCCCAAAUACUUCCAGCACAUUCUGACGAUAUUCGAACAUGCACGCUCAUUUUCUCACGUUGCCGACUUUGCCAGCCUGGCACUACAGGCAUUGGCGAGUGAACAUGGAAGCGAGAAGGAUGCGGAAACCGCCAGCUUACGGUCCGACCUUCUUUCACGCUUGUUCUAUGCUUCUCUGCAGAACUGUCAGUUCGACCAGGCCUAUUCGGCGCUCGCCAGAUACAAGGAUCGCGCCCUGCAGAGGUCCGCUCUGAGCUCUCUCAUCACAGGCAUCCUGGCCGCCUCAGGACCAGGCACCGCUGGGCUACAGAAGAUUCUCCAUUUCCCGACGACGCUCGUUCCAAACAUCGCCUCCCACGUGGAUGAUAUCCUGGCGUCGCUUGCUCGCAGACAGACCUCGUUCAGCUCCUACCUCGACACGGAGAGCAAAUGGGCCGACAGCACUCCUGACUACCAGCGCAUCCUACAGGCCUACCGCAUCGCACGGGGCGAUUACCGCGGCGCCGCCGAAGUGGCCUACCGAAACGUCCAGCGCCUACGCCACGCCAGAGACCACUCGUCACAUCUGGUCCUCACCAAAUCUCGAGAAACCGAUGACACCCGGCCCACCGAGGAGGACGACCCAGAGAGCAAGGAGAUCCGCCACGAGCUCCUCUCCCUAAUCAACCUCCUCGCCUGCGUUGACAAGAGUGAAUCCUACAUCCUCGUCGAGAAAGACGGCCAACAACAGCCCUCUUUUGACCGACGCCGCAGCCUGCAACCCGACGACGACGGCAACGUCUUCAUGGACGACGCCGAAGGCAGCACCGCCGCCGCCGCCACGGGCUCUCCCACCCCGAACCCCUACAGCUCCCACCGCCGCCUCAGCCUCAGCGCCAGCCCAACCGCCAUCCGCCCCUCCAGUCGUCGGGACAGCAAAUCCUCCAUCCCCGCCACCUCCAUCCCCCAACGCCGAGUCAUCGUGACCCUGGACCACCUACGUCGCGAAUUCCAAUCCGAACUCGACCGUGUCAGCCGGAUCGAGCGUGGCGACUGGGAAUUUGGAAUUCUCGAUGACCACCACAACCCCGCCGGAGACCCGGAUAAUGACGAUACGAUGCUCCUCGCCUAGAGUUGCUACAUCCAUCCAUCCAUCCACACCCUACACCCAAUACUACAUAUCUACAUGCACCUACGGAGCGGAGUCCUAGCUUAGUUACCUUACCACUUAGUCUACUUAAGUCAUUCAACCACAUCCAUCCCUGUU